AUGGUAAUCUGCCUACAGUUGUUGAUGGUUUUAGAUGAAAUAUUGGCUGAGUUUUAUGGCUUAAAAAUGCAAAAGGUUGAAGACAUGAAGAGAGUAUUAGAAAGUCUCAACCUCAAUAUAGUAGAGAUGGUCGAUGAAAACGCAACCUUGGAUGGUGGAGACGUCUUAUUCACAGGCAGAGAAUUUUUUGUGGGUCUUUCCAGGCGGACAAAUCAACGUGGUGCAGAAAUUCUGGCUGACACAUUUAAGGAUUAUGCUGUCUCCACAGUCCCUGUUCAUGAUUCUUUGCACCUGAAGAGCUUUUGCAGCAUGGCUGGACCAAACUUGAUUGCUAUUGGAUCAAGUGAAGCUGCUCAGAAAGCCCUCAAGACCAUGCAACAGAUGAGCGACCACCGCUACGACAAGCUGACGGUGCCUGACGAUGCCGCAGCAAACUGCAUCUACUUAAACAUUCCCAGCAAAGGCCACGUCCUGCUGCACCGAGCCCCCGAGGAGUACCCGGAGAGCGCGAAGGUUUUUGAAAAGCUGAAGGACCACAUGCUGAUCCCAAUAGCCAACACAGAACUGGAGAAAGUAGAUGGGGCACUCACCUGUUGCUCUGUGCUGAUUAACAAAACUUCAGAGUUAUGAGUUUACAGAGUCCCUCCCUUGUACCUGGCAAUAAUGUUACACACAAGGUAGACGAAUCUGUAUCCACACUUUUAUUAUUUUUAUUGACAAUCUACUGUACCACUGUGCUACUAACCCUUGUUUACAAAUUUUUUUGUGUGUUUUUAUUAUGUCCUUGCAGAUGGUAUUUAAGGUGGAUGUACAGUUUGUUGGGGGACACAUGACUAGAGUAUGUUAGUCCCAUGGGCUAGCAGAAGACAAUUAUAAUUGCUAACCCCUAGCUUUAGUGAUUUAACUUAUCUGUGUGAAAACUUUAUGAAAACCAACUAAUUCUCAGCAUUUCAAGCACCUCUGUUGUCUUUACACUGUUCCCUUCUGUCUUUUUUUCUCUUGCUUCCUUGUUCUGCAUCUUUUUUUUUUUUCUUCCUUGGUUCUCUUUCAGUGAUGCAAGGUGUCGGGGGGGCAGAAGAAAACUCA